GCUGCAGUGAACAUAUGCAUGCAUGUAUCUGUAUAAUAGAAUGAUUUAUAUUCCUUUGGGUAUAAUAAACCUGGGUAUUAAAGGCUUUGAGGAUUUCCUAGCCUCUUCGUGUUGACUGAAGUUUGAUUUUUAUACAUUUCCCCCUUAGUUUUCUUUUGUCAUCAUGACAGGGAGUUGAGUAGACAUUGUAUGUUUUUCUUCAUUGUUUCAGAUUUUGAGAUACAGAGUGAAAAUGGGGAAAACUGUAAUCAAGACAUGUUUGAGGAAGAAUCACAUGAGAUAUUCUCGGAAAUGCCUGAAGAGGAAAGCGCUCAGCACUCCGAUGGGGAAAGUGACUUUGAGAGAGAUGCUGGCGCCCAGAGGCCCCAGGGACACGCCCCAGGCAAGGACCUCAGGGAAGUGCUCUCCCAGGACAAGGAAGUUGGCCAGCUCAUAGGCCUGCAGGGCACCUACCUGGGGGAGAAGCCCUAUGAAUGUCCCCAGUGUGGGAAGACCUUCAGCCGGAAGUCCCACCUCAUCACACAUGAGCGGACCCACACGGGAGAGAAAUACUACAAAUGUGACGAAUGUGGAAAAAGCUUUAGUGACGGUUCGAACUUUAGUAGACACCAAACCACUCACACCGGGGAGAAGCCCUACAAAUGCAGGGACUGCGGGAAGAGUUUCAGCCGGAGCGCCAACCUCAUAACUCACCAGAGGAUCCACACGGGGGAGAAGCCCUUCCAGUGUGCCGAGUGUGGCAAGAGCUUCAGCCGGAGCCCCAACCUCAUUGCACAUCAGCGCACCCACACGGGAGAGAAACCCUACUCGUGCCCCGAGUGUGGAAAGAGCUUCGGCAACCGGUCCAGCCUUAACACGCAUCAGGGGAUCCACACCGGAGAAAAGCCCUACGAAUGUAAAGAAUGCGGCGAAAGCUUUAGUUACAACUCCAACCUGAUCAGGCACCAGAGGAUCCACACAGGAGAGAAGCCCUACAAGUGUACCGACUGCGGGCAGAGGUUCAGCCAGAGUUCAGCCCUCAUCACCCACCGGAGAACCCACACGGGAGAGAAACCCUACCAGUGCAGCGAGUGCGGGAAGAGCUUCAGCCGCAGCUCCAACCUGGCCACGCACCGCAGAACCCACAUGGUGGAGAAGCCCUAUAAGUGUGGGGUGUGCGGGAAGAGCUUCAGCCAGAGCUCCAGUCUGAUCGCACACCAGGGCAUGCACACAGGGGAGAAACCCUACGAGUGCCUGACGUGUGGGGAGAGCUUCAGCUGGAGCUCCAACCUCCUCAAGCACCAGAGGAUCCACACGGGCGAGAAGCCCUACAAAUGCAGCGAGUGUGGGAAGUGCUUCAGCCAGCGCUCCCAGCUCGUGGUGCACCAGCGGACCCACACGGGCGAGAAGCCCUACAAAUGCCUCAUGUGCGGCAAGAGCUUCAGCCGGGGCUCCAUCCUGGUCAUGCACCAGAGAGCGCAUUUGGGAGACAAGCCCUACAGGUGCCCCGAGUGUGGGAAGGGCUUUAGCUGGAACUCAGUCCUCAUCAUACAUCAGCGAAUCCACACGGGGGAGAGGCCCUACAAAUGCCCCGAGUGUGGCAAAGGCUUCAGCAACAGCUCUAACUUUAUCACACAUCAGAGAACUCACAUGAAAGAGAAACUUUAUUGACGUGGCCAAGAGCGAAAGUGAGGGGCUAGCUCUGGAGCAGAAGCUGCCACACUGCCCAGCAGUGAUUGAAAGAGCUGUGCUUCCUAAACGCUCUGGGGGUUUUUGCCGGAAUCUUCCCCUUGCUCAUCCUCAUUCCCAGGACACUGUCAUUUUAGUGGUCUGAGUCAAGCCCCGUACAUGUUCAAGAACAGGGCGUAGGAGUGGAAGGUCUGGAAGGUUGGGUCUUUUCCCUCACACUGCGUGACUUGAUUGGCCCCCUUUCUUGUGAUUCCUCUGUGCCUCAGUUUCCUCUUCGGUAAAGUGGUGGUGGGGGGAAUGUUUCUCCAUGUGGAUGGAAGACAGCAUGGCCCACAAUGUGGGCCAAGUACUCAGAAAAGUACUGGAAAUCCAUUGGUGUGGUUCUUGUUUUGCUGCCACUGUGCUGGGCUCAGGUGACUUCCCCACAAGCUGUUAGUGUUCCCAGGCUCCCUGCCCAUGCUAGAAUCUGGGCUUUGAUUUCAGGUCAAGAUGGAGGGGCUUCUCCAGUUCUGAGUCACCCACAUGAAGAUAAAGCCCCUUUCUAUUUCCAGAAAGUGUCAGGAGCACAGAAACAUGAGGAAGUACGGCCUGGAGCCAGUGCCCCAGUAUCCUUUCCAGUGACUAGAGUCAGGGUGCAGGAAAGGGGUAAACUGAGGACACUCCAGUGCUUGCUUUUCCUCUGUCUAGUGUCCUGUGAUGAGUCAGCUACCAGGGUAACACAUUUGUUCUCGUGGGGUCUCGUUCUGGAGUGUGUAGUGAAGUCUGAGAGCCCCCGCUGCCAACCCAUGGUGGAUGGUAACUUCUGGCUCAUCAAGAGUAAAACGGUCCUGCACACAGCAGGGUGGGCUCGUGCCUUUGACCCCACAGAUACAUAGCCCCAUAACCAUUUCUGAAUUAUUCUGUGCACUUAUUUCCCUCUUCUUCUAUUUUUAACUUGAUAUAUGCAGACCUAGAGUCCUGUCGGGUAGCUUUUGUAUAUGAAGAACACUAUUUUUAAAGAAGUGCUAACUUUGAGGACAUAUCUGUUCCCUGGAGAUAUUUGGGUGUGAAUCGUGAGGUUGUCCUACAGGUGUCGCCCUUGAUCUCGGGACGCUAUCAGGGCUUUGUUCUCUAGAUCCUUGCGCCUGGAGAGAGUGAAGACGGGAGUGACAGCUGGUGAAAGGCUUUGCUGUGAAGGAAAAGGAGAUAAGGCGUUUCCAGGAAAUGGGAAACUGCCUCCUCCUACACAUGGGGCCUGUGCUCAGAAUGGGCUUGGUUCUUAUAGGAUGGAUGCUCAGUAUUCCCUAAUAAAGUUCCAUUAUUUU